CGGAUGCACUGACGCAAAACUGACAUGGGAUCAGAACCCGGUGCUCUGCAUGGUCUGCGCCGCUCCUUUUCGGAGCACCAAGGAUUGUCUUGCCCAUGAGCUACUGAAGCAUGCCAACAAGCCGCAGAAGCAGCUGCGGCAGCGUCUGAACGCCAUCACUAAGCUCUUCACCAGCGCACAAACCCAAUCUGAGCGCAGCGAACUGCAGGAUGUGCUCGAGCAGUCGGCGACCGGUGGUCACCUGCGCACCGUCUUGGAUUUCUAUGCUAGUGAUCUCAAAAAGCUGGAGAGCUGCUUCGGCCAUGUUCGGAACUGUAUUGAAAAGGAGAUGCAGGACCGGGUCAAGGUGUUUCCCUUUGGUUCACUGGUCACCGGAUUAUCCCUAAAGGGUAGCGACAUCGACUUGUAUCUGCAGCCUUGCGAUGAACAAAACAUAUUCCAUAAUCAGCUUUACAACAGGGUCUCACACUUUCUACGUCGCUCCAAGUGCUUUACGGAAGUCUUCACAAUUCGCCAUGCCCGUGUGCCCAUUAUACGCUGCAAGCAUCAGUUGACGGGAUUGAGUAUAGAUAUAAACAUGUCGAAUCCGAAUAGUACAUAUAACUCACGAUUCGUUUGCGAACUAAUAGCUCGCGAUGAAAGACUACGCGAGCUGUGCUUGUUUCUUAAAAUCUGGGCGAAGAAGUUGAAACUCAUCAGCCACGGAAGCUUGACAAGCUAUUGCUUGAUCAGUAUGAUUUUGGUUAGCCUUCAAGUCCACAAGUUGUUGCCUCCAAUCAAGCAGUUGCAGUCGCUCUGUCCACCCAUAAAUGUGUUUGGCAUAAACUAUGCCUUCUGUUUUCAACUAGUUCCUCCGAUUCCACGCGCGUUGGAAACAUUGGACUUGAUAAAGGAAUUCUUCGAAUACUUCAGUAGUGUUGAGUUCGAAAAAUAUGUUUUAAGUCCAUUUUUGGGAUGUGCUCUAGAUAAAGAGACUACCAUGGGUACACCGGGCGGAUUCCCAGAGUAUGAAGAUCAACUUGAAUCUAUGGAGAAUGCGGUUGGCGAAGCACCCGAACCGUUUCAACUGGAUCGCUGCAUGUGCGUUCAGGAUCCCUUCGAGCUCCAACACAACGUGGCCAAGGGUGUUUCUCCAACGAAUCUAGCGUACUUCAGACAGUGUUUAAGACUUGCUGCACAAGCCUGUAACAACCAGGACCUUUUACAAAAUCCUGCGAAGCUCUAUGACUUUUUACUUUUUGGUUUGGCAGACAAAUUAGUUGCCGACUCCAAAUCGGUUAAAGCCACUCCCGCAAAGCAGAAGAAAAAGGAAAUAGUAAUAUUGGAGAAAACAAAAACUUUGGAAAGUGAAACCAAAUCGGAAUUGGUUUCGACUCUUAAUACGCCACCAAUAGUACGGAGUCAUGUCAUCACACCGAGUACCAAUGAUCUCAAGUAUUUGCGCUCUGGCGAUUUAGGCAUAAAAAUAAAUGAAAAUAAAACAAUAUUCUAUUACUGGCUGACCUGCUAUGUGGACACCAUCAAGGAUGUACUCACGAAGAUUUAUGGCAUGGAAAUCAAGUUAAAGGAAUCCCAAGAACCGUGCAGGUAUCACUGGCUCAUCAGCACGAACUUAGACACCUGGACUGGGCGGAGUUUUCAGCGUUCGGCAGGACAAUCUUUCUUUGCUCAUCAAAUUCAACAGACAAUUGAGUUUGAAAAGCUGCGCCGUGGGAAUGCAGCUUAUGAGGUCUCUGCAAAGGGUAUAUUUUCGCUGCUGGCUAGUGAGGAUUAUAAGGAGAUUCGUUUAAAUAUCCAGCCGCUACCGGGGGAUUUGUUGGGACUACAACGAAAUAGUCCCCUCACAAAGUUUUUCAAGGCUUUGAAGAACUUGCUGAUUAACUACAGUUUUAAGGAAAAGGCUAGCUUUUGGAAAUUCGGCCAAAUGGACUCUAAAAAUGUGGAACCAAACGAGACGUCAUAAACCAUGACCUAUAAAAUUUUAGAUUUGAUUUCAAAAUUCUAUUGAUGAC